AUGGCUUCCAUCAAUACACAGCGGCGACCUUGCCGUAUCAUGAACAUCAGUGGCUCACCAGCAGACCGGCGAGAUGUUCUUGCGCUCUACGCGGCCUCGGAUGAGCCCGUGGAUGUGUUUGUGGGCGAUUGGAUGUCCGAGCUGAACAUGCCUAGCCGAGCCUACAGUGUCGCCAACGGUCUUGGAGUUGGCUAUGAAGAGACUUUUCUCGAGGCUCUGGAGCCAGCCCUUGAGCAUCUAGCGAGACGCAAAAUCAAAUUGGCUGCAAACGGUGGCACAGUGGCCGCAAAAGACUUGUUUGACGUCGUCGUCAAGAUGGUAGAGGAAAAACAAUUGGAUCUGGUAGUCGCGUGGGUGGAAGGUGACCUUGUCAUGGACCAAGUUCAAGCACAACGGGAAAACGGCACCAAGUUCAAGCAUAUUUCCACUGGUGAGAUGCUAGACGAAUGGGAGUACACGCCUCUAUUCGCACAAUGCUAUCUCGGAGGCAUGGGUAUCGCCGAGGCUUUCAGAUCUGGGGCGGACAUUGUCAUCUGUGGCAGAGUUGCAGACGCGGCACCCAUUGUUGGAAGCGCUGCAUGGUUUCAUGACUGGAGUCGAUCGGAUUUUGACCAACUUGCAAGAUCACUCAUCGCCGGUCAUCUCAUCGAGUGUUCGACUUACGUGACUGGCGGCAACUAUACUGGCUUCAAGAGCCUGGACUGGGAUCAUUUGGACGAUUUGGGCUAUCCGAUUGCUGAGAUUGGACCAGACGGGGAUGUUGUCAUCACGAAACCCGGGGGCACUGGCGGCAUGGUCAAUAUUGAAACAUGCAAGGAGCAGCUCCUCUAUGAGAUACAGGGCAAGUGGUAUCUCAAUUCUGACGUGACAGCGGUAAUAGAGCAGGCGAAAUUCGAACAAAUUGGCAAGGAUCGAGUCAGACUGUCGGGAAUCACUGGCAGGCCACCACCGAGAACCACAAAAGUCGGCUUGACAGCUCUCGGAGGCUACAAGGCCGAGGUCCACUGGGCUCUGGUCGGUCUUGACAUAACCGAAAAGGUGAAAAUGCUCGAGAUUCAGAUGAAGGCAUCAUUCGGGGAGGAGAGACUCAAGAGAUUCACUACAUUCAGCUUAACCACAUAUGGCUCUGUCCCCAAGAAUCCGACCAACAUGAACGCUGCCACCGUGGACUUGAGAUUGCUGGUACAGGCAAAGAACAAGGAGGACUUGUCAGACGAGAACUUUGCUCGACCCGCGUUUGACAUUAUCAUGUCAAGUUUUCCCGCUGCAACAUUCCAUCCGGACAAGCGGACUGCCACCCCUCUAGCUUACCAAGAAUAUUUUCCUACCCUUAUUGCUCAGCCUACAAUCAAAGUUCAUUUCUCAAACCCGGCACAAAAGACAAUCAGCAUACCUCCACCUGACAUUACUAUCGAGCAUCCCGAAAUCCAGCCAUCAUACGAGACAGCAAAUCCCAUCCCUCUAGAGACAUUUGGGCCCACUGUCCAAGUUCCCUUUGGGUACCGCGUCCUCGGAAGAGCGGGGGAUAAGGGGUCAAACUGCAAUGUGGGAUUCUUUGUCCGAGACGAGAAUGAGUGGCCAUGGCUGCAAUCAUUCCUCACGACCAACACCUUUACCGAGUUGAUGGGAGAGGAAUACCAAGGGCAAACCAUUGACCGUAUGGAAUUUCCCAAUCUGUGGGCUGUCCAUUUCCUCGUCAAAGACUUUCUCGACCGUGGCGUUACUGCUAAUGCAACCUACGAUGUUCUUGGAAAGUGA